AUGGAUUACAAGCUGUCUCCUCCCUCAUUGACCCCUGUCGAUACCCCCAAGUCUGCGGGGAAAGAUUCCCUGCCCGAAGAGGACCCUAACAAGAGUGAUCGCUAUGCUCCCGGAGUGGUCGAGAGUGUCGCCCAUGUCGUCGACCAUAAGGCUGAAAGGGCGCUGUGUCGUCGGUUCGAUUUACGAUUGCUGCCCGUAUUGGCUGUAAUGUAUCUCUUCAACGCCUUGGAUAAGGGAAAUCUCGGUAACGCUGAGACCGGCGGAAUGAGCAACGACUUACACUUCAAACCAAAUCAGUACAACUUGUUACUUUCCAUUUUCUUCAUUCCUUAUGUUCUGUUUGCUCCCCCCAUCGCUAUGCUCGGCAAGCGCUUUAGCCCAGCUCGCGUGCUGCCUAUAGUGAUGUUUUGCUUUGGGUCUUUCACUCUGCUUUCAUCUGCCACUAAGAACUUUAGCGGCAUGUUUGCCCUGCGCUGGUUCCUCGGUACAGCAGAGUCUGCUUUCUUCCCCUUGGUCAUCUACUACCUGACCACUUUCUAUCGUCGCACCGAGUUGGCCCGUCGCCUAGCGCUCUUCUACGCAGCCUCCAAUAUCGCCAACGCUUUCUCCGGUCUGAUCGCUUUUGGCGUUUUCCAGCUUAAGAACACGCCGUUGUCUCCAUGGCGCUACCUGUUUAUCAUCGAGGGUAGUGCUACUGUGUGCGUUGCUAUCUUCGCCUUCUGGUAUCUUCCGCGUAGCGCCGCGGAAGCCAAAUUUCUGUCGACCGACGAGAAAGCUCUCGCAUUUCACCGUGUCCAGGUCGACUCUAGCGCUGUUGUCAAUGAGAAGUUCAAUCUUCGCGAUGCUCUUAAGAUUUUUUGUCACCCCUCCACGUAUUUUUUCCUCUCAAUCGAAAUCUGCCUUGGUGUGCCCAUGCAGGGUGUGAGCCUCUUCAUGCCUCAAAUUAUCCAACGCUUAGGCUACUCAACGGUCAAAACAAACCUGUACACAGUUGCACCCAAUUGUACCGGUGCUGUGAUGCUGCUCAUACUUGCCUUCAGCUCUGAUGCAGUCCGGCUUCGAUCCCCAUUCAUCGUCCUCGGGUUCCUGUUCACUUUCACCGGCUUCAUGAUCUACGCCUCCAUCGACGAUGUUCGGGGUAAGAUCCAGCUCGCUUAUUUUGCCUGCUUCAUGAUGACCUGGGGUACUGCUGCUCCAUCUGUGCUGCUCAGUACAUGGUACAACAACAACGUUGCCCAUGAAGGACGUCGUGUCCUCCUAACCAGUAUCGGCGUUCCCUUGGCUAAUCUCAUGGGUCUGGUCGCUAGCAACGUCUUUCGUGAGCAGGACAAGCCCAAGUACAUGCCAGCAUUAAUUACUGUGGGUGCAUUUGGAGGUGCCGGCGCUGUCCUUGCUGGCUCAUUAGGCGCCUAUAUGUUUUUCGACAAUAAACGACGCAAUCACCGCGAUGGCGUCAACCUUCGUGCCUAUGACAUCCCAACAGAGCGUUUGCAGGAUGGCCCUGCAUCGCCUGGGUUUCGUUGGUUUUUGUAG